AUGCUACCCGACCCGUUCUUUAUUACCCAGAGCUUCGGGUUCAACCGAAACAGCGAAUUGAAUCACCGAGAAGCCUUACGAGCUGCGGUUGAGAAGCAUACCCGCGUCCGAGAACGCGCCCUCCAAGUUGUCGAGCUAUUUGAAGCCAAUGAAGAAAUCCUCCGCCUUCAGGAGCAACAGGCGAGAGAACAGGAGCGACUCGAGGCCGAGCGAGCAAUACGCGCCGAGGAGGAGCGCCUACGGGUAUUGAGGGCGAAGAGCGUCCCUAAGCUUCCUCCCGAGCCAGAGGCGCCGAAGGCGCCGCAAGCAGCUCCGGUUCAGACAAAGGAGCAGCCCGCCUCUACUCCAGCUCCCACUGCACCAGCCAAGGAGCUUUCUAAUACUCCAGCGACAGCUGUCAAUGGCACAGCUACACCAUCCUCCACGACUACACCCGCACAGCCCGCGAAUGCUUCAGUUUUCGGUGUCCCGACUCCGCAAACUCAGGCUUCAGCCACCCAGCCGUCACCUUUUGAUCAGGCAGCUAUCACACAGCAGCCCGCAGGGACCGCGUCCCCCUUUCAACAAGCUACUCCCUCAAUCUUCUCCCAGAUCAGCACUCAAGCCUCCAACAAUACAAAUAACCCCUUCGCUAGUCCGCCGGCUGCACCAGCUGUCAAUGGAACGUCUACACCAGUUUCGGCGCCUCAGCCACAGAAGGCAGUGGCUGCGGAUAGGCACACAGUGAUCCACCAGAAUCUCAAGCAGCUGCGAGCUUCUCUUGCGUCACAAGCCACCUCCAAUCUUGCCCUUAAAAAUAUCAUGGGCGAUAUGCGGCGAGAGAUCCGAAAGUCUGUGGGACAAUUGAGUCUCGACAAAACCGCAAAUAGGAAAGUUAUGGAGAAGAUCGUAGCGACCUUGCGAAUUGCACUUGAGAACUCCGUUGGAAGCCAGCUCAUUGAUCCCAACCAAUUUGUCCUUCUUCCUCGAGAGCCUGUCGAGGGAGCCACUCACAAUGAGUCUCAGUUGCCUUCUCUAUUCCUCUACCUUCUCAAUCACUUCUCCAAGGCAAUCCUGAGUCAAUUCGUCAAUGAAUGUGGAGCGAACACCAAAGCAGCGGACCCAAUAGGAGUGGCCGCCGCUCAUGUCUUCUCCGACUCAGCCUUCCACUGGCGCGGCCAGAGCUUGAUCGACAUGUUCAUCGCCAAAUUUCGCGUCAUCUGCCCCGUCUUAUUCGGCUAUAGGGGCUCCGAGAAGACCCAGCACGGUCGAGAGCGUGUUGGAUGGAAGCGCAAGGAUGGCGCAUGGAUCACGGAACAGGAGCACAUGGAUCAUAUGACCGGCCUUGGUGCCGGCUACGCCGCCGUGGCUCUCAGAGACUUUGCCAAGUCUAAGAAAUCCAACCCCUGGCCACCUAGCAGGUACUGGGAGGCGUUCUCGAAGAUUGUCAACACACCUCCGUCAGAGAUCUCAAACACUCAAUGUGUUGUCCUCAAGGCAAUGAUUGAGCACACCGAGAAGCGAUUCAUCGGAUUCUACGGUAAUGCAGGUAUUGCGGCGCUGAGGAUCGCACUUGUUGAAUUCCCGGCUAUUGCGCCUGAGAAGACCUCCGCGGUGAGAUCUCUCGAGGUUCACGGACAGCUCCUGAAGAGAACAGUCGGUCUCGAUUUGAGUUGA